UUAGAGGCACUUCCCUGCCCUUCAUUUCCAUAAACUGUAUUUUAAGAACUUAAUGCAUUGUUUGCAAUACACCAGUAAGAAUCAUUUCUUCAUUUCAACUUGGGGAUUUACAGACAUUUGUCUGCUCAUGCGUAUUAAUGAUGUAAAGAGGAAGGAAGUCAGGCGGGUUUUAAACAGCUUGAUAUCUAUUUAACACUACUGUACUGAGACCAGAAGACACACACUGUCUUCAGAGACCACAUCCUCCCUUUUUCUAAUGUAGACAUGUUUAUUUUGAGUUAGUGCCACCCAGUAUUUCUCAUGUAUGUGAUCUACCUGCUGAUUUAACAGAGACCAGAGGAGCAGCUAUGAGUUUAACAGCAGCAGCGAGUGGAUUUGUUGUCUUCCUUCUCUCUGUACAAGUGAUACAGGGUCAGGAUGGCUGGGGAGUGACUUACACCUCUACUCAGAUCUGUGCUGUUAAAGGAUCAACAGUGAUCAUACCCUGCAGCUACAGAUACCCAUACAGAUGGAAAAGCAGUGUUACUAGAGUUCAGAGAAAAUUUUGGUUUACUAAAAUUAAUAAUACUGAACCUGUAGAUCUGACAACAGACUCAGAAUAUUCAGGUCGUGUGCAGUACAGUUAUAAAAACAAGGACUGCACUCUGAGAAUCUCAGACCUGAGAGAGAGAGACUCAGCUGUGUAUGAGUUCAUUUUCACAACAAACCAAGAAGGUGGAAGAUAUACCGGUUCACCUGGAGUCACUUUGUCUGUCACAGCAGAUCCAGGUCUCCAGUUGAGCAGACAGUAUUCUAACAGGCUGGAGUGUCAGAGCAGUUGUCGUCUACCUAAUAAUCCUUCCUAUGUCUGGUACAAGAAUGGACAGGAAAUUCAGACACAAACAUCUUAUUAUUUAUACCCUGUGUAUUAUUCAGACAGCUAUUCCUGUGCUCUUCAAGGAUAUGAAGAUUUCCCAUCUCCUUCAGUGUGUGUCCAAGGUGAAUCCUGCUACAGAGUGACGUACACUGACAGAAGCAUCUGUGCCUCCAAAGGCUCUUCAGUGAACAUUUCUUGCUUGUACAACAGCUACAAUUAUCCUGACAAAUCAACAUUGUGGUUCAGUCGUGAGCGUAAUCAUGGAGGGCAGAAUCCUCCCCAGCCUGAAGACCUUAGUACAGACUCCCAGUAUACAGGUCGUGUUCAUGUUGAAACAGAGAGAGGAUUCUCCACUCUGAGAAUCUCUGACCUGAGAGAGAGAGACUCAGCUGAGUAUCACUUCAAGUUCAUAACACCAAGAUUUGAAUGGAGGAGUAGUUUACCUGGAACAACUCUGACUGUCACAGCUCUGCAGGUGCAGGUGAUCAGAGUAGCAGUCUAUCAGUCUCAGAUCUAUGCAGAGCUGAAGUGUCACAGCAGCUGCAGUCCAGCUGGUCGUCUCCCCCUAUCACUCACUGGAUCGGUUCACAGCCAAGUGUGA